GAUUAAACUCUCGUUGUCGUGUCUACAUCAGAGUCUGUCGUUACUCCACACUUGGGUUCUGAUAUUGCCAGUGCACUUCAUGACAGAAGGACCGUGCUAAGUAAUGGGCCCAGCAGUGUUUUGACAUCAGUCGGCUUUAGGGUGUCUUUUAUGAAUAAUCCAAAGCAGCAGAAGCCAACGCUAACUGGCCAGCGUUUUAAAACUAGGAAAAGAGAUGAAAAAGAGAAGUUUGAGCCUACUCAGUUCCAAGAUUCUAUUAUCCAAGGUUUGAAUGAAAAUGGCAGUGACUUGGAAGCUGUAACAAAAUUUCUUGAUGCUUCUGGAGCAAAGCUUGACUAUCGUCGCUAUGCCGAGACCCUAUUUGAUAUCUUGGUGGCCGGUGGGAUGCUGGCUCCAGGUGGUACCCUUGCUGAUAACGUGACCCGUACAGAUGUCUGUGUGUUUGCUGCUCAAGAAAACCUGGAGACAAUACGUGCAUAUGCUCAGGUGUUCAAUAAAUUGAUCAGGCGUUACAAAUACCUGGAGAGAGGAUUUGAAGAUGAGAUAAAGAAGUUGCUGCUAUUCCUGAAGGGAUUCACAGAAUCUGAACGAACUAAGUUAGCAAUGCUGACUGGGAUUUUGCUAGGCAAUGGAACAUUAUCAUCCUCUAUUUUGAGCAGUCUCUUUAAUGAGAACUUGGUUAAGGAAGGUGUUUCAGCAGCAUUUGCUGUAAAACUAUUCAAAUCCUGGAUAUCUGAAAAAGACAUCAAUGCUGUUGCUGGGAGCCUUCGAAAGGUCAGCAUGGACAACAGAUUACUGGAGUUAUUUCCAGCUAACAAACAAAGUUAUGAUCACUUUGUUAAAUAUUUCACUGAUGCUGGUUUAAAGGAACUUGCUGAUUUUGUCCGCAACCAGCAAUCUCUUGGUGCACGGAAGGAGCUACAGAAGGAGCUCCAAGAUCAAAUGGCUCGUGGUGAUCCCCUCAAAGAGAUUAUCACAUACGCCAAAGAGGAGAUGAAGAAAAAUAGCAUCUCUGAACAGACUAUGAUCAGUAUUGUUUGGAACUGUGUAAUGGGUGCUGUGGAAUGGAACAAGAAGGAGGAACUGCUAACAGAACAAGCCAUUAAGCACUUAAAGCAAUACAGCCCUCUCCUUGCUGCCUUUACCACCCAAGGUCAAUCAGAGCUGACGUUGCUGCUGAAGAUUCAGGAAUAUUGUUAUGACAACAUUCAGUUCAUGAAGGCCUUUCAAAAAAUUGUGGUGCUUUUUUACAAAGCUGAUGUCCUGAGUGAGGAAGCAAUUUUGAAGUGGUACAGAGAGCCCAAUAUGGCAAAAGGGAGAAGCAUUUUCCUAGAGCAGAUGAAGAAAUUCGUUGAAUGGCUCAAGAAUGCUGAAGAAGAAUCAGAGUCUGAAAGUGAAGAGGACUGAAACUGACUCAAUUGAAAUCAUGUUCUGUAUUUUUAAUAAACAACAGGGGUUGUAGAGUUGAAUUUCAGAGUUCAGAAAUUGAUUUGGCAUUCUACCUCCUGUAUUUUCUACUGUAAUAUCUAGAUGUAAAUUAAGGGCUUUACAGUGAUCACACUGGUUUGUUUUAAUUUCAUUUUCUAUAUAAUAAAAGUUAUUGCUGGCAUCAUCUGACUUGAAAUUUAGCUAUAAAGUCAGUUGCAGUUACUUUUUGACCAAUUGGAUUGUUGCUGUUCAUUUGGGAGCACAAAGAAAACAUGGUUGGGGGUACAAGCUGUAUGUAGCUUUCAGCAGUUAAGCUUUGGAGGACCUAGCACUUAAGACCAAGUGACAGCAUCUUAUAGGUCUGGUGAAUGAAAUUCAAAUUUAGUGUGGCAUGUUGCUGACUAGGGCCAUUUCAAAGUACAACUGUUAGUCCCCAUGAAAGCUACCAAGAAUUUACAGGAGGAGGAAGUUUUAAAACUAGGACAAGGUAUAUUGUAAUCUCCCUUUAGCUGCACAAUUGUAUUUUUCCAGAUCAAAGUUGAGUGCUUGUUCAGUUCCAACUAACAGUAUUUGAAUUUAAUGGUAUCCUUGUGAAUGGAAAUGUGUGCAUCUUUUAUAAUUGUACAAUCCUAAAGUUGUGGUUCAGAUGAAGUUGGUUCCUUUUUUGAGUGUACUUGGAAACUGGUUAAAUUUAAAAGCACAGUCCAACUUGCAAUAUACUUAGUUCAUUGGAUAGUUACUUUUUGCCUUCAUGAGGUACUUGAUUCAUGUGAAUACUUAUUUUUAAAGCAUUUUUGCAUCACACAACAGAAGAGGAAUUGUUCUGGGCACUUCAGCUCUGCAAGUCCUUUUCUUUUGUUGGCAUUCAAGUUUACAGCCAGUGAAGGAUACAUAUUUUCAGAUCAUGGUUCGAAAAAGCUGCACAGGGCUGAUGUGUCAAUGAUGGUGAAAGUUUCCUUAUUAAAAAAAACCUGUUAACUUCAGUUGUGUACCAAAAAAAUUAAACUUUUUAAUCAAUCAA